GUGACAAACCCAACAGUUCGCGGCCGCAUCUCAGACGAAUCGGUACAACGUUAAAAAAACCCUCAAAUCACGCAACGCUGUGCAUCAAUUGAAACAAAAGUCAUUCCGGAAUGCUAAUGAAUUUAUCGAAAAGAAAAAGCCACCAAAAGAUCAUAUAAGUAUAGCAUUUGUCGAGCUCCAGGCUUACCCGCGCGUGUUCACUGGCUGUACAGAUUCAUUUGGAAUACUUGAGCGCUAACUAUUAAUUGACCCCGAGGGUAAAUGCUUAUAGGCGAAAGUUUUCCGCCUUAAACUACGUCAAUGGCAGAGCCCAAUAUGAACGAUGCCGACGAUGCAGCCCAGGCAGAGCCAAAGAAAAUCAAAUCGAAGCAACCACAAUUGGAAACCGUGAACUAUCGACAGCUUUUUCGCUAUGCCCGCGGCAUCGACUACCUCCUGUUCGGCUGUGCUAUUACAGCGGCCCUUCUGCAUGCCCUUGUCUUUCCCAUAGCUAUUAUAGUCUAUAGCGAGCUGGUGGCUAUGUUUAUCGAUCGAAGCUUGGGCGUGGGAACCAGCUCGGGCACCAAAGCCUUGCCGUUGUUUGGCGGUGGAAAGCAGCUCACAAAUGCUAGCUACGAGGAAAAUAUGGAGGAGCUGCGCAAGGACAGCGUCUCAUUUGGCAUACUCAUGACGCUUGACUCCCUUUUGAUGUUAUUUUCCGGAAUGACAUUUGUGAAUAUAUUCAAUCAUCUAGCUCUUAAGCUGACGGUGUGCAUGCGCCGAGAGUUCUUCAAGGCAACAAUCAGGCAGGAAAUUGGCUGGCAUGAUAUGGCCAAGGAUCAAAACUUUGCCGUGCGCAUUACUGAUAACAUGGAAAAAAUUCGCACCGGCAUUGCCGAGAAUCUGGGCCAUUUUCUGACAAUUAUGUGCGACGUAGCCAUAAGCGUUAUUAUAUCCUUUGUCUACGGCUGGAAAUUGGCAUUGUCCAUGUUCUUUUACAUACCGCUUACCAUGGUGGUAAAUGCCGUGGUUGCCCAUUAUCAAAGCAAGCUGACAGCCCGCGAGCAAAGCUCUUAUGUGCGCGCCAGCUCUGUGGUGGAGGAAGUAAUUGGUGCUAUACGCACAGUGGUCGCAUUUGGGGGUGAACGAUCCGAGUCCGCACGCUAUGAUGAUCUGCUCAAGCCCGCUCUUAAGGCUGGCAAAUGGAAGGGCGCCUUCUCAGGACUCAGCGAUACGGUCAUGAAGGCCAUGAUGUUCAUAGUGGGCGCCGGUGCCUUCUGGUAUGGCGCCAAUUUGAUUCUACACGAUCGUGCCAGUGAUAUGCCCAUAGAGAGUCGAGAGUACACGCCUGCAAUUGUAAUGAUUGUGAUCUCGGGCAUAAUUGUGGGCGCCAAUCAGCUUUCACGCACUUCACCAUUUCUCGAGACUUUUGCCAUGGCACGUGGAUCGGCCAGCGCCAUUUAUGACGUGAUCGAUCGCGUAUCUGUCAUUGAUCCGCUCUCCAAGGCGGGCAAGAUACUCAACUGCGGACUGAAGGGCAGCAUUGAGUUUCGUGAUGUGUUCUUUCAGUAUCCCGCACGAAAAGAUAUCAUUGUACUGAGGGGACUCAAUGUCACAGUGAACGAAGGCCAAACUGUGGCCUUGGUGGGCUCCUCGGGUUGUGGUAAGUCAACCUGUAUCCAGCUGUUGCAACGUUUCUAUGAUCCGGUAUUCGGACAAGUACUCCUGGAUGGCGAAGAUGUUAGGAAAUAUAAUCUAAACUGGCUGCGCUCCAAUAUAGCUGUAGUGGGUCAGGAGCCAGUCCUGUUUCAGGGCACUAUUGGUGAAAAUAUACGCCAUGGCAAGCCGCAGGCUACCCAAAAGGAGGUCGAAGAUGCUGCAAGAGCCGCCAAUGCUCAUAAUUUUAUCAUUGCUCUGGAUAAGGGUUAUGACACACACAUUAGCGAAAAGGGUGUUCAGCUCUCCGGCGGACAGCGUCAACGCAUUGCCAUAGCCAGGGCUCUUAUACAGAAGCCCACAAUACUGCUACUAGACGAGGCCACCUCCGCAUUGGAUUAUCACUCCGAGAAACUGGUACAAGCCGCCUUGGACAAGGCAUGCAAAGGACGCACUACCUUAGUCGUAUCCCAUCGUCUAUCUGCCAUCAGGCAUGCCGAUCAAAUUGUUUAUAUUGAGAACGGCAAAACUGUUGAGCAGGGCACUCAUGAAGAUCUCAUGAAGCUGCGGGGCUACUACCACAAAAUGGUCGCUGCCCACGAGUACGAUGAUACCGCUGAUGAGCUGCUUAAUGAAAGUGAAGAGCUAACCAAGGAGCGCAAGCUAUCCAAAGAUGUCGAACAUUUUCAUAGGAACUCACUGAAAUCCUUGGAUAAAAAUGCAGAGUUUCAGAUGAAGCGACUUAAUCUGAAUAACAAUCAAACUAGUGAAGAGGAUGACAAGGCUAAGAAUGCCCCGAGCAUCAGCUACCCGCGUACCUUUCUUCGUAUCCUGGCCUGGGCACGUCCUGAAUGGAGUUUUUUAAUCAUUGGUACCAUAUGUGCUGGACUUUAUGGUUGCGCCAUGCCUGCCUUCUCUAUUGUGCUGGCGGAACUGUAUGCCUCGCUGGCCGAGCCCACGGACGAGGCGGUGCUGGAGCACAGCUCAUCCAUGUCGAUUAUCACCGCAGUUAUUGGCGUUUGUGUGGGCAUCUUCUGCUUUGUACAAACAUUUUUUUAUAAUCUGGCUGGAGUGUGGUUAACCACACGCAUGCGUUCCAAGACCUUUGCUUCCAUUAUGAAACAGGAAAUGGGCUGGUUUGACGAAAAGGAGAACAGCGUCGGAGCACUCUCCGCUCGUCUGGCGGGCGAUGCGGCCAGUGUACAGGGUGCCAUUGGGUUUCCCUUAAGCAACAUUAUACAAGCCCUGACGAAUUUUAUCUGCAGUUUUUCCAUUGCGUUUUCCUACUCCUGGGAGCUAGCGCUAGUCUGUUUGAGUACAGCUCCUUUCAUGGUAGGCUCAAUUGUGUUUGAGGCCAGGUUUAGUGAAAAGUCCGCGCUAAAGGAGAAAACUGUAUUGGAGGAAACGAGUCGCAUAGCCACGGAAACCAUUGCACAAAUACGAACUGUGGCUGCACUGCGUAGAGAAGAGGAACUGAUUAAAGUCUACGAUGCGGAAGUUGAACGAUAUCGUUUGCAAAUUAAAGGUCGUUUGAAAUGGAGAGGAUUGGUCAACUCUCUGGGCAUGACUCUCAUGUUCUUUGGCUAUGCUGUCACUUUGACCUAUGGCGGUUUUAUGUGUGCCGACGGCAGGAUCAAGUUUGAAGUUAUAAUGAAAAUUGCCAACACAAUGCUUUAUGGCCUGUUUAUUUUGGCCCAAUCUUUGGCCUUCACACCGGCCUUUAACGCAGCACUGCUCUCGGCCACACGCAUGCACGAGAUUAUUGACCGCCAGCCGCUCAUUCAAUCUCCAAAAGUUGUCGAGCAGAAUGGUAACGGCAAUAUCUAUAAGUCAAACGUUGUUGAACAGGGCGUUAGCUAUCGCGAGCUCAAUUUUGCCUAUCCAUCACGGCCUGAUAGCUCGGUGCUGCAGGACUUUAAUCUAGAUGUGCUGCAGGGUCAAACAGUUGCCCUAGUAGGUGCCUCCGGCUCGGGCAAAUCCACCUGUGUUCAACUGCUGUUACGCUACUAUGAUCCGGACGAGGGCAAGAUACUCAUUGAUCAGAAUAGCAUACAUCACGACAUGGAGCUGAAAACCCUACGGCGUCGCCUGGGCAUUGUCUCGCAGGAACCGUCGCUCUUUGAAAAGACCAUUGCAGAGAAUAUCAGCUAUGGGGAUACCACGCGCGAGGUGCCCAUGCAACAGAUUAUUGAGGCUGCCAAAAUGGCCAAUGCCCAUGAUUUUAUUAUGACACUGCCCGCGCAGUAUGAGACCAUGCUGGGCUCUAAAGGCACACAGCUGUCAGGUGGACAGAAGCAACGCAUUGCCAUUGCCCGCGCCAUGGUCCGAAAUCCCAAAAUUCUAUUGCUCGACGAAGCUACUUCAGCAUUGGAUAUGCAAAGUGAAAGGGUCGUGCAACAAGCACUGGAUUCGGCCUGCUCCGGCCGCACCUGCAUUGUGAUAGCCCAUCGCUUGUCCACCGUACAAAACGCCAACAUCAUAUGUGUUAUACAAUCCGGACGCAUCAUAGAGCAGGGCACACAUUCUCAGCUGCUGGCCAAGAAUGGCAUCUAUGCCAAAUUGUAUCGCAGUCAAUCAAAUCCAAGCAACGCACAAGACUAUGCAGUAAAAUAAAAGCAAACAUUGGUUCAGACAAGACACAAACCAUAGCCCAUAAAAGUAUGCUAACUUUUAUGUUUACUCUCUGUAUGCAAGUAAAAAAUAGAGUAUACACUUUAUAGAAAUACCUGAUAA